AUGUCUCCCUCCAUCACCGCCGAUCAGUUCCUCGCUGCUGCCAAGCACCGACGAACCGUUUACGGACUUAAGGACACUUCUCCUGUUUCCGACGACCGUAUUGAGAAGAUCAUCACUGAGGUCCUCUCUUUCUCUCCCUCCUCCUACAACACUCAGCCCGGUCGCAUCACCCUCGUCCUUGGUGAGAAGCACAAGCAGCUUUGGGAUGUAGUUAUCGAGACCGCCGAGCCUAUCCUCAAGGGGGCUGGUCCUGGUGUUUGGGACGCCAUGGGUCCCCGCUUCCAGGCUUUCAAGAACGCUUACGGUUCCGUCCUGUUCUGGGACAGCGGAGAGACCAUCAAGAGCUCCCAAGAGACCCACCAGUCCGCCGCCCACAUGUUCCCCCAAUUCGCCGACCACGCCAGCGGCAUGGCCCAGAUCCUCGUCUGGACCGCCCUCGAGCUCGAGGGCUUCGGCGCCAACCUUCAGCACAUGGGUGCCAUUCCCCCUGUUGAGGCUGCCCUCAAGAAGUUCCUCGAGGUUCCUGAGGACUACAGCCUCAAGGCUAACCUGAACUUUGGCGAGCUGGCUCAGCCUCAUCCCGAGGUCCCGGAGAAGUUGCCUCUUAGCGAGACUCUUAAGAUUAUCAAGUAG